UGCUUGCGCCAUCUGAGAACUUGACAAUGCUGCGCGACCAUUCAUUCAUGGUGCAUGUACGGGCAGCGGUAACCCGUGGAAAGCGGUGCAGGUGACAGCGAGGUCACCUGUUUCCAGGGCGCCUUCUUCUGUAUUUACGGGAAGCUGCUUCCAUCAAAUAGUCACAAAUUUGUUAGCCAUUUGAGUUGCAGGCGCCUCUCCUUCGCGUCCUUGCUCCUUUCGACAUCAGCGCUUCGCGUUUUGUCGCUGGUCUUCAUCGGAAAAGAGAUGGCUGACCACCAAGGCCGCAAGGGGAUGGAGUCCCGCGACGUGCCCUUCAACCCGCCUACCGGUCCAGUGCUCUGCCGCAAUGGGUGUGGCUUCUUUGGGUCUGCGGAUACUGGCAUGAUGUGCUCCAAGUGCUUCAAAGAGACGGUGCUCAAGCAGUCAAAGCAGAAGGAGAGCACGGCUGUGGAUACGGAAAAGGCGGCUGAGGCCCCUAAGACGAUGGAUGUGGAUGUGACCAAGAGCAGAGUGGAGCAGGAGGAGUCUGGAGCAGUUGCCAGGUUGUUGGACCAGGGGGGAGCUUCGGAGAGACCGCAGGAGAGCACUCCCUCUGCAAGCGGACAGGCUCCUGAGCAGCAGAAGCCGGCGAAUCGGAAGCUCGGUCAGGAUGCGAUUGCCAAGGCAAACCCUCUGGUUGUGGGAAGCAAGGUCGACAGGAUCUAG